AUGACUGAGAUUCAGGGCCUCAAGAAGAAGCUCUUUGGCCGGGAAUUCUACGAGAGCAUUGGCUCUCCAAAAGUCAUUCUGGCACCUAUGGUGGAUCAGUCUGAGUUUGCAUGGCGUAUGCUCUCGCGAUCAUUCUUUCCUGCCGAAUCAAAAACCGAUCUUCUCGCGUAUACUCCCAUGUUCCACUCACGGCUGUUUGGACAAACCCCAGCUUUCCGAGAGAAGUUCUUCCAACCCAUCCGAGAGCAAUUAGCGACACCUGAAGACAAUUCUUACGCCGACCAACAUCUUACCGCGCAGAAGUUUCUUGAUGGCAACCCAGAAUGUGACCGCCCAUUGUUUGUCCAAUUUUGCGCCAACCAGCCUGAUGAAUUUCUCCGAGCGGCUCGUUUCGUUCAGCCAUACUGCGACGCCGUUGAUUUGAAUCUGGGAUGUCCCCAGGGCAUCGCUCGGAAGGGAUACUAUGGAUCGUUUCUGCAAGAAAAUUGGGAUCUGAUUUACAAGUUGAUCCAAAAACUCCAUACCGAGCUAGACAUUCCUAUUACAGUCAAAUUCCGCAUCCAAGAAACCAAAGAAAAGACACUCGAAUAUGCAAAGAUGAUCAUCUCUGCCGGUGCCAGUAUCAUCACGGUUCAUGGUCGACAACGCGAGCAAAAGGGCCAUAAUACGGGUCUCGCCGAUUGGACUGUCCUGCGUUAUGUCCGCGACAAUAUCCCUCCUGAGGUUGUCAUGUUCGCCAAUGGCAAUAUCCUCCAGCACGAGGAUAUCGAGAAAUGUCUUCAAGAAACUGGCGUUGAUGGCGUAAUGAGUGCUGAAGGAAACCUCUGCGAUCCGUCCAUCUUCGCGCCUCCCCCGCCUAUUGGCCAAGAAGGCCGCGAAUACUGGCGUGGUAAGGAUGGCAAGGGUGGAUAUAGGAUGGACGCCGUCUUUCGGCGAUACCUUGAUAUUAUCCACAAGUAUGUGCUUGAACAGCCUGUGCCGGAGCGCGUUCCGUUAUUCGCGCGCUCAGAAGAUUCCCGUCCUGCUGCCACAAUUCUAGAGGAAAUGAAGGCCGAGGCCGCAGCUGAAGCUGCAAAGGACGACGACUCCGAGCCGCCUAAUAAGAGACAAAAACGCGAAAAGCAAGCCAAAGCUACCUCGCCCAAUCUGGUUGCUAUGCAGGCCCAUCUCUUCCAUCUCCUUCGCCCACUCGUCUCAAAGCACACUGAUAUUCGCGACGCCCUCGCUAGGAGCCGCCCCGGAGAUAUGGCCUCAUAUGAGAAGGUCCUGUCCAUGGUUCAAAAGGCAGUCAAGCAAGGCCUUCUUGAAUAUGAACUUGACCCCAGUGCUUUCCACAUUGAUGAAAAGACAAUGGAAGAGCUGGAAAAAGAGAAUCCAGGCGUCGAUGUCAGUUCAGCCUUGACCAUUGCAAGAGUCAAGCGCCCUUGGUUUAUUUGUCAGCCGUAUGUUCGUCCACUGCCCAAGGAGGCGAUCGAGAAGGGUGCCAUGUCUUUGAGCAAAAAGGAUAAAGCCAAGUUGGAAAAGGACGAGAACCUGUCCAAGCAGGUCGGGGUCGAGCCUGAGGGGAAAGUGGAAAAAGUGUAUCCGAAUGGCGAAAAGGCGGCAAAUGGCGAGAAAAAAGACGGCGAGAAUGAGCCAGUGGAGAUUCCAAAGGAGGGCGUCGUGUGUGGAUGA